GCUUUUCUCUUCUCCACGGGUGAAAGAAAACUUAGUCCUCCUUUUAUUCUGUGAGAUUCUAGAGCUCUUAGAGUGUCAAGAGGCUCCCUUUCCAUGGCCAAUUUGGUAUAUCAAAAGAACGAGACCCAGAUAGUUCAAAGCAUUUGCACGAUCCUUGUGAAAGGAAAUAGGCAUGAUCUGUCAAAACUCGAGAUUGGUUCAAGCUUUACAUCCACAACUGCUAACCGGGUCUUGCUAAAGUUCUCCACUGAUGGCUUUCUUUCUUGGGCAUUCUUCAAAUGGGUGGAAUCGCUUCCUCUCUACAAACAUUCCUUACAAACUUACUGGACCAUGAUUCAUAUUCUCACCGAGCAAAAACAUUUCAAAAGUGCGCAGAACUUGCUUAAAAGGAUUGCUUUCAAGGAUUUCCUCUCAUCACCUUCGGUAUUAAAUGCACUUGUUAGCAACCACAGUGACCCUGAUUCAAAUUCUCAGAUAUUAAGUUGGCUGAUGAUCCUUUAUGCUCAAUCAAAGAUGACCCAGGAUGCAAUUCAAGUCUUUGAUCAAAUGAGGAUGAAUGGGUUCAGACCUCAUUUACAUGCCUGCACCGCACUCUUAAAUGCAUUGGUGAAGGCUAGACUCACUGAUAAAGCAUGGAAAACUUACAAGAAGAUGCUUCUAAUUGGGAUCGUCCCAAACCUCCACAUUUUCAAUGUUCUAAUUCAUGCUUGUUCCAAGUCAGGGGAUGUGGAGAAGGCAGAGAACUUGUUUAAUGAAAUGGAAGCAAGGGGCAUAUUGCCUGAUCUUUUUUCCUACAACACAUUGAUCUCUCUUUUUUGCAAGAAGGGCAUGCACUAUGAAGCUUUGUCUGCCCAAGAAAAAAUGGAAACGGAUGGAAUAUAUCCUGAUAUUGUAACGUACAACUCCCUUAUUUAUGGAUAUUGCAGAGAAGGUAAAAUGAGGGAGGCUUUGAGGCUUUUUAGGGAAAUCAAGUGUGCAACUCCAAACCGGAUAACAUACACUACACUCAUUGAUGGACAUUGUAGAGCAAACAAUCUUGAGGAAGCUUUACGACUACAUGAGGAAAUGAUUUCAGAAGGAUUACUCCCUGGGGUUGUUACAUAUAAUGCCAUUCUACGGAAGCUGUGUGAGGAAGGGAAGAUGGGGGCUGCAAAUAAACUUUUGAAUGACAUGAGUGAGAGGAACAUCAAUCCUGAUAACGUUACCUGCAACACGUUGAUUAAUGCUUAUUGCAAGAUUGGAGAUACAGCAUCAGCUUGGAGAGUUAGGAACAAGAUGUUGGAGUCUGGAUUAUCCCUAGACGAGUUCACUUAUAAGGCUCUAAUUCAUGGGUUCUGCAAAGUCCAAGAAAUAAAAAAUGGCAAAGAUGUCCUGUUUGACAUGCUUGAUGCAGGAUUCUCUCCAAGUUAUUGCACUUAUUCAUGGCUGGUGGAUGGAUACUGCAACAAACAGAAUGAAGAGGCAGUUCUAACACUCCCUCAUGAGCUCAUUGAAAGAGGCUUCUGUGUAGAUAUCUCCAUUUACAGAGCACUGAUACGAAGUUUUUGUAAGAGGGGAAAUCUUGAAUAUGCUCAAAAGGUCUUCAAUCUAAUGCAAGAGAAGGGUAUAUCAGGUGAUUGUAUUAUUUACACCACUCUGGCGUAUUCUUACAUGAAAGCUGGGAAGCUGAAUUUUACUUCAGAUAUGUUUGAUGACAUGGCAAAGAGGAAGUUGAUGAUAACAAUUAAGAUAUACAAAUCCUUGAAUGCUUCUUAUGUUGAUGACAGUGGCAUCUUAGGCCUAUUUUGGGAGCAUGCAUUUGAAAGAGGCCUGAUUUCAAAGAAAGUUCUCUACAUGAUGAGGCAGUUGGAUUGAAACUAUUUCAAGUUGUCGGUAAAGUUGAUUAAUUUGAAUAUUUGAAGUUCAGUUCCCCAUAUAUCCUCCCCCCCCCCCCCCCGCCCCCUGGGCAGGAUGUUAUGGGAAUGACCCAUUUGGAAGAUUAGAAGGGCAGUCUACCAAGCACAUACAAGUAUAUGUGCAGGCCGAUGCAGGGUGAGGACCCAUCAUUGAAUGGUUGACAGCUGGAAGCUCAUAGAGCUAGAUAUUGGUCAAUAUAGAUGAUGGUAACCUUGUGAUGUGAAGGAUUGUCCUCUCAUUUUCCCAUCAAUGAUAAACCUCACUCUGUGGGUGCAGAGCUUGUUAAGUAUACAUGGUUUAUAUCUGUCAACCCCCUUCUAAUUUUAUUUAUAUUUCGUCAGGAAUUGAGAAUGAAUUGUACCAAUCUAUGGAAAAUUGAACUUGAUGUGUUGAUUGGCUGCAGUAAGAUUCGGUACCUUGUGAACAACUUCCAACGAUUUUGGAUCUCAAA